UGUAAUUCAGGGUCGAUUUGCAGCAAGCCGCUGCGCCUCCCAGCACGAUGCAGGCAGCAAUGUUCAGCCAGGCCGCCACGGCCGCCUUCAAGCCCGCUCUGAAGACCAGGGCGGCGCGCCGGAACGCGGUGCAGGUGCAUGCUGUGGCCUCGGUGGAGCAGUCUGCGGGCGCAGCAGCCAAGGCGUCUGGGGAGGAGCCGCUGCUGCUGCGGGCGCUGCGGGGCGAGGAGGUGGAGCGCCCGCCGGUGUGGAUGAUGCGCCAGGCCGGGCGGUACAUGAAGGUGUACCAGGAGCUGUGCAAGAAGCACACCACCUUCCGCGAGCGCUCGGAGAACGCCGACAUCGCCGUGGAGGUGUCGCUGCAGCCGUGGCGCGCGUUCCAGCCCGACGGCGUCAUCCUCUUCUCCGACAUCCUCACCCCCAUCGCCGGCAUGAACAUCCCCUUUGACAUCGACAAGGGCAAGGGCCCCGUCAUCGCAGACCCCAUCCGCACCAUGGAGGCUGUGGACAGGGUCACCCCGCUGGUGCCUGAGGACUGCGUGCCGUUUGUGGGCCAGGCGCUGCGCCGCCUGCGCGCCGAGGUCGGCGGCGCGUCCACCGUGCUGGGCUUUGUCGGCGCCCCCUUCACCCUGGCAACAUACAUUGUGGAGGGCGGCAUGAGCAAGAACUAUGUGCAGAUCAAGAAGCUGAUGUUCACGGAGCCCGAGGUGCUGCACGCGCUGCUGCAGAAGCUGGCCGACGCGGUGGUCACCUACAUUAAGUACCAGCACGACAACGGCGCGCAGGUGGUGCAGAUCUUCGACUCCUGGGCGGCGCAGCUGAGCCCCCAGGACUUUGACAUUUGGUGCGGGCCCUACAUCAAGUACAUCAUCGCCGAGGCCAAGAAGCAAUGCCCCGACCUGCCCAUCAUCCUCUACAUUUCCAACAGCGGGGCCCUGGUGGAGCGCAUGGCGGCAUGCAACCCAGACAUCAUCUCCCUCUGCCACACGGUGGACAUGAAGGAGGGCAUCCGCCGCGCGGGCACCCAGUUUGCCUACCAGGGCAACAUGGACAGCGGCGUGCUGUUUGGCAGCCACGACAUGAUUGAGCAGCGGGUGCGGGAGACGGCCAAGGCGGCCAAGGAGAUGGGCGUGCGGCACAUCAUGAACCUGGGCCACGGCAUCAUGCAGGGCACCCCGGAGGAGAAUGCGGCCCACUUCUUCAAGGUUGCCAAGGAGCUGCGCUAUGCCGACCUCUGAGCGGCGCCUGCCGGCACCCACAGCUGCAUCGUUUUCAAGCACGGCUCAUUUGCUUUCUUCACUUUCUCUCCUUGCCGCUCCCCUUUUUUCAUAUUCACUUUGUUCUUGACUGCUAAAAUGUCCUCCAAAU